CACAUCAAACAAUCACCCAGGUGUGCAAAAUGAGUGACUUCAACAAAAAAUUCGUAAUACGAGCCUCAGAGUGCCACUUGGGCACCUCCCUGUCCGAAGAAACGUGGGACAAAGACAUAAUCGGGAUCGCUGAAGUGGAGAAUUUUCUGCACAGUGGAGACAAACUAACACUUUGCGCCUUCGUUGAGGAAAAAAACGAUCGCAAAAGAAUCAAAUUUGUCGAACAAAUCGCCAACACCGGCACCAAACUGGUCGUCUUCACCAAAACCGCACCGACUGUUUUGACCGAAGAGAACAUUUUUUCGUGCCUCCAAAUCACUUCAGUCAAAGGGCCACCAACUCUGGCCCUUUACCACACUCUCACUAAAGUGUUUACGCCGCUUUUGACGCAGGGAACUCCGCCAGAAAUCCAACGACACGUCGCUAAUUUCCAGGCUGAUUUAAGGUCGGCGAUUUUAUCGACGACGAACGACGCCGAUCUGACGGGCUCAGACCCAGUUUCACUACAUGUGGUCGAAUCGAUCGAGAAUGAGGUCGAGUAUUGGGAUAAUGUUUCCCGUUCCUCGAAAAAUAGACUAACCCGUAGCAAUGCGGCGUCUUUUUGUGAAAUUUUGAAACGAAUCUCGCGGGAAUUCAGUAUUCUUGAUGCGCUGCCUUUGAGUGAGGUUGAGGAAAUCCUGGAAAACGCCCAUGGGAUUCUGGACGAUUUAUGGCGCCACGAGCCUGCCCCAUACCCCCCUGAGCGAAUAACCCAUCUCAUGGAUAUAAUAGCCGCUGAUAUCAAACGUUGCGUUUCGAAACAGUUAUCCGAGUGUGACGUUUGGGGUGAUAAUUAUAAAACAGUAGCCGAAGUUUUGCUACAAUGCAUUGCAAUAGGGGAACGUUGGCUCGAAAGCUGCAAACAACUGACUCAAAUUUACUGGCCCAAUUACCCCUCAAACAUGUGGAAAGACGAAAUGUACCAACCCCCAGACUUGAUGAAACUCGUUGAGCGUUUGCAAAAAAUUCUGAGCGUUCAGACUCUUUUGCGCCAACUAACGCGUUUAUUAAACUCACAAGAACAGGAAGAAUUGAAAACUAACGAAAUGUUUAAGCCGUUCAAGAAUCUUAGUAUCCUGGAGUUUGGUCAAUUCUCCUCGAAUCUGUGGCUGAAAUCGUGCGAACAAUUCGAACGCUUGCUCCAACCGGCUGAAGAACGAGUAGCCGCGAAAUUAAAAAAACACCUAGUGGACAGUGACAACCCCCGGCAACUUCUCCACGAAUUCACGCGAUAUUCCGAGUUGAUUGCUCGCCCAAUUUUGAAACAAACUCUUUUAUCCGAACGCCAACACCUACUAAACUCACUCUACGACUACGUCAGACACCUCCAGUCCCAAAACACUUCCGAAAACCACCUAAAUGUUAAAUACGACACCCCGCAGGUCGUGGCUGAGGUAAUUAUGACCAAGCAAUUGGAGGCGAAAGCCAACGAAGUGUUGCAAACUUCGGAAAAAUUGCUACAAGAUUUGAACGGUUACGAAAACUUGAAACAAAUAGUGAGCGAAUUACUCAAGGACUUGAAACAGCAACACACUGAGCUGUUCGAAUCCUGGACCCGAGAGAUCACUUCCUUGAUCAAGAAAGGGAUUUUGGAUUUGAAAGAAUCGGAACCUGUUGUCCAGUUCUCGCAAGAGACCAAACUCAUGAAAGUUAACUAUUCGGAUCGUUUGGUUACGUUGAUUGCGGAAGUUCGGCAGUUUAAAGCUUUGGGUUAUCAAGUUCCGAAUCAUAUUGAGGAAACGAGUGAACAAGCGAAGAAGUUUAUGAAGUUGGCGCGAACUCUCGAACAGAUCGCCAAUUUUCAUAAUACGAUCGGGAGUAGGAUGAUUAUUUGCCAACGGCCUAUGAUGCUGGCCAGUGCUCUAGAACUGUCCCGGUUGGUGCAAGAGGAAGAAGUAGUUUCGUGGAAAAACACAAAAUCGGUGGAAAAAUACGUCGAGACGCUCAAAAACGCCGUAGAAAAAUUAUCAAAAGAGAAUAACUUGUUAGCAUCAUAUUAUUACCAAAUUAUGGAUAAAAUUAAAUAUUUGGAAGACGUUGAUUUGAUCAAAGAUUACAGCAAAUGGAAGGAAGCGAUAAGAAACAUGCGGAACAUUAUGUCACAAGUUGAAGAAAAAGGGUUCAAGAACAUGCAGACAUGGAAAGCGGAUGUUGACUCAAAUCUGUGUCAAGUUCUCGAAAAGCAAUACCUCAAAAGCUUGGACACUCUUCACCUCUAUUUGCCCGAAAUUUACACGGACAUCGUGUACAGAAAGUCAGAAUUACAGUUUUCGCCCGAUAAAACAAUCUUGAUGGAAAAGUAUCAGCAACAACUUAAACGAUUUCUGGACAUUCCUAAGUCAUUUAGGGGUGUUUCUGAGUCACCCGACUUGGCAGUUUUUUCCGAAAUUAUCGACCGGAAUCAAAACCAGUUGGAAAAAGUCAAUAAACACACCUCGGAGCUGUUUGAACAACUUGACAAUGUUUUAAAGCACUGGCAAUCGUGGCUCCAGUUGGACUCUCUCGAUGUUAACAAAUUAAGCUCUUGGCAACAUUGGGACUUACAUUUUAGGGCCUCUAAAACGUUUGGGCAGGAAAUCGCAAAACUGCCGAGUACCGAGGAACGAAUUGGGUGUUUUUUGAUCGGGCUUUCAAGAUUACGGUCGGAUCUGGAGUCGCAUAACAGAAGUUAUUGGGACCAAUUGGUCCUCUCUCUCAAAGACUCGAUAGCACAAGAUGUUGUCAAGUUGCAAAAUUAUGUUGACCCGUCUACUGCCGUUUUGACACGACAGCCAGUCACUGUUGAAGAAAUUGGAGAGUCGGGGGCUGCACAUGCCAAUAUUUUGAAACAAGCAGCCGAAAUGGAAGAGUGUUACAAUCAAAUGGUUCAAAAAUCGCAAACUUUGUCCAGCUGGACGAGGGAACAAGUCGAUGCAGUCAAUCGGCUUAAGGGUGCAUGGGAAAGGCUCCAAAGCCUCUUGGAAAACCACCAGCACAUCAUUGCCAAGCAAAUGGAGACUAUUAAAACCACCCUCAACAUUGAGAGCGAAAAUUUGGAAAAGGAGAUGGAACGGUUUGGGGCUAAGUGGGAACAGAUCAAACCGAAACCACACACGGGGCAAAUUUCCGACCAGACUUUGGACGAAUUGCACAAACAGUUGAUGAGUAUCAAAGAAAAGAAAGUACAAUGGCAGGAACUGAUGGACAAGAAAGAUAAAUUGUUCAGUGAUUACGACAAAUUCAAUAUCGAAAAACCACAAUUAGAGUUGAUGGAAGAAAUUGAAACAGAUUUGAGGAAAGAGGAGGAUUCGUGGACUCUGUUUGAGGAGUUUUACAACGAACUUGAAACCAUGACUAGUGAGGAUUGGAUAGUGUUUCGGAAAAAACUGUACCGGUUCGAAGACUUCCUAAACAACUGGCAAACUAAAUUGAAAAAUACCAACAACGGAAAUGCUCUACAAAUAAAGAUUUUGCACGAAAUACAAAAAUUUGAAGGUAUUGUGGGCUCUUUGAAGUACGUGAGGGGGGAAGAUUUCACCGAGAAGCACUGGAUGGAUGUAUUUAAUCUCCUCCAAAUGCCUUUGAAACCGUUGGAUAAUUUAAAAUUUAAAGACUUUCUCGAUGUUUCAGAUAAGCUGACUGAUUUGGUUAAGGAACUACAAGUGAUUUGCAAAAAAGCAGCAAGUGAGAUAGUCGUACGCCAAGCUUUAGCUGAGCUUGACCAGUGGGACGUUCAAGCCAGAUUUAUCUUAACGUCUCAUACAGAUUCUCGCAAUAAAAACAUCAUGUUGGUUAAAGAUUUCAAAGAAAUUUUGAGCAAGAUCGGAGACAAUCAAAGUUUGUUACAAUCGGUCAAAAAUUCAGCCGAUUACGACAGUUACUCAGAACGGGCUAGUCUUUGGGAGAAUAAAUUAGCAAUGUUAGAUCAGAAUCUCUCACUCCUGGCACAAAUCCAGCGCAAGUGGGUUUAUUUAGAACCGAUUUUCGGCGGCGGAACAUUAAUUCAAGAAAAAUCCCGGUUUGAUAAAAUUGAUAAGGAUUUCCACCACGUUUUAGUUUUCAUUGAAAGGGACCCUCGAGUGUCUUCUUUAUGCAGGUACCAAAAUUUGAGCGUAACUUUAAAGAAUCUCGAGGAUCAAUUAAACCGGUGCCAGAAGAGUUUGGAUAGUUUUCUUUUGGAGAAACGCAAUAAAUUUCCCCGUUUCCUUUUCCUCGGCGACGACGAUUUGUUGGAAGUGGUUGGUCAGUCGUCGAAAGAACAGGUCAUUCAAACCCACCUCAAAAAAUUAUUCGCUGGCAUAAACAGCAUCCAGUUCGAUAAUGGCGGUACAAAAAUUACAGGAAUGUGUUCCCUAGAGGGCGAAAUCGUCCCCUUAUCAAACCCUAUCAACAUAACCAGACCAGUCGAGGACUGGCUGAACUCCCUAGUGAAAGAAAUGCAAUCGACUUUGAAGGAACUCUUAGUUGAGUGUCUCGCCGAGGGCCAAAACGCCGACCCUCUAAAAUACCCCUCACAAGUCUUGUGUCUCGCAGACAACAUCACUUUCACGCUAAAAACGGAACAAGCGAUAGCUAACAUGACUUUGCCACCUUUGCUAGCCUACUACAAAGCGCAACUGACUCACUUUAGCUCGCUUGAACUGACCGUAAGUGAGGACACGGUUCAAAACGACGAAAGCAAUAUUCUUGAACUGAAACUGAAAGCUUUACUUUUGGACACAAUCCACCACAUUGACGUCCUUGGGGAACUUCUAGACGUCAAUGCUACCAAAACAACAGACUGGGUUUGGCAAAAACAACUCCGUUUCUACUCAAACUCCUUGGGCGAAAUCACCGUCAAAAUGGCAAACGCUCGCAUGGACUACGCCUACGAGUAUUUGGGGAACAUGCCAAAACUAGUCCGGACGCCUCUAACAGACCGCUGUUUCCUGACUUUGACCCAAGGAAUGCACUUGGGAAUGGGCGGAAAUCCCUAUGGUCCCGCGGGAACCGGCAAGACCGAGUCGGUCAAAGCUUUAGGAGGGCUCUUAGGGCGCCAAGUCCUAGUUUUCAACUGUGACGAAGGCAUUGACGCGUCCUCAAUGGGGCGGAUUUUGUCGGGACUUGUCCGGAGUGGGGCUUGGGGGUGCUUUGACGAGUUCAAUCGUCUGGAUGAAGCCACUUUAUCGGCGGUUUCGAUGCAGAUACAGCCCAUCCAGACCGCGCUCAGGACGCACCAAGAGAAAUUAAUUUUGCUGGAGCAGGAGAUAACAGUCGAUAAACACUGUGGGAUUUUCGUCACGCUUAAUCCGGCAGGCGGGAGUUACGGAGGCCGGAACAAACUCCCGGAUAAUCUCAAACAACUGUUCCGGCCCGUUGUGAUGACGCAUCCUGACCAUGAACAAAUCGCAAGGACUUUGCUCCACUGCGACGGCUACCAGAACGCUGAUAUCAUCGGCCAAAAGCUGAUCGCGAUUUUUGAUUCGUCGGGCAAGUUGCUGAGCAAGCAACAACACUACGAUUGGGGGCUUAGGGCAAUCAGGACGAUUCUGACCAGUUGUGGAAGGGCGUUGAAGCAGUACAGGAAGAGGACUGAAGAAGCAGAAGGGAACCAAUUACUUACGGAGCUCAGCCUUGUUGUUAAAGUUCUGCGAAUGGAUACUUUGUCCAAACUGACUUUCGCCGACAGUGUUAAGUUUGAUGCUUUAAUUACGGACGUUUUCAAAGACGUCCUUAUUGAAAAUAUGGGGAACGAAGUUUUGGUUAAAGCCUUGGAGGAGAGUUGUCGCGAGUUGAAAUUAGCAGUCAACCAGCGACAAAUCGACAAGUGUGUCGAGUUUUACGAACAGUUGAAACAACGGAUGGGAGUCGCGAUUGUUGGGCCCCCAAGUUCGGGCAAAAGCACAGUCCGGAAGCUCUUAUUCAAUGCUUUAAACAAAAUGGAUAAAGUUUUGAAACAGCACGUCUUCAACCCCAAAAGUAUGCACAAAACUAAGUUGCUCGGCCAAAUUGAUUUGGAUACGAGGCAAUGGUAUGACGGUGUUUUAACUCUGUAUAGCCUUCAAGUAACGGCGGAAUCUUCCGACGUGUGGUCAUGGAUUGUCUGUGACGGAAACAUCGACCCGGAAUGGGUCGAGUCCUUAAAUUCGGUCCUUGACGACAACCGACUCUUAUCGCUACCGUCGGGCUGGCGCGUCCAGUUUGGACCAAACGUUAACUUCAUUUUUGAAACACACGAUUUGAGCCACGCGUCCCCAGCCACCAUUUCCCGAAUGGGAAUAGUUCUAUUAAGCGAGCAAGACCUGGACUUGAACUGCUACAUUGACAAUUACGUGAAGGCACAACCUGAGGAGUUUGAGCGCCUGUUAGGCUCACACAUUGACUAUUUUCUCAAAAGUGUUAAUUGGAUUUGCAACGAAGCCGAAACCACAAUUCCGACUUCGAAAAUUGCAGUUGCCAGAACCGGUCUAAGUCAGUUGUUUGGUGUUAAAGGCAAGACGGAAUUCUCCGUUGCUUUGGUCAACGGACUGGGGCAACAGCUCCAGUACGAUUUUAGGGAGCUUUUCGCACAACAGGUGUACGAGUGGUUGGGGGAAGUCCCGCCCCCGAUUAUUUUAAAAUCGCGGUACAACCAAGAACGCGAUAUUAUUGACACGUACUACACUAACCCAAACGUAACUUUGGAGGUUGCGAGUAGACAAGUUCCCUUGAUACCGACCGGGGAUGUGAGCAAAAAUUUGGAUUAUCUGCGAACUUGGCUCUUGCCAGGCAAUGAGCAGCACUUUUUACUAAUCGGGCCGCACGGCUCCGCCAAAUCGUUGAUUUUGGAAAACCUGGUCAAGGAGAGAUCAGACAUGGACAUGGCAACGAUUCACUGCAGCGCGAAUUUAACCCCGGGCUACGUUAUCAACAAAAUAGCCCAGCUUUGCCUCGUGGUCAAUACCAAUAAAGGCAAGGUUUACAAACCGAAGAAGGGCAAUUUGGUCCUUUAUUUCAAAAAUCUACAUUUACUGAAACCAGACAAAUGGGGGACAAACAUCGUCGUUGAAUUUCUAAACCAGAUGAUUACUUACAAAGCUUUCUUUGAUUCUAAUUUGGAGCUAGUGGGGUAUGAAGGGAUCACGAUUGUGGGCUCUUUAUCAAUUACGACCACCCUAUCGACCAGAUUUACGUCCAUUGUACACAAUUACAACAUCAGCCUACCAGACCAAGAAGACUUGGCAAUUAUUCUAGUGGCGUAUUUAACAGUCGUGGUUAAAGAAAGUCUAGGAGCUUGGCCUAAAGCUAAAAUCGUCAAGUUGGCAGCCACUAUGAUCGCAAUUUAUGAUAAAAUCCGGUCAAUUUUUCUAAUAACAAGCUACAAACAUUACGAUUUCAGCCCUCACGACCUCACUAAUUGGUGUUCUUCGAUUUUGCGCUACAAAGACACUCUUUCUGAAUCAGAAAACUCCCUUUUAGAAGUUGUCUAUUACGAAGCUCUUAAACAAUUCGGAGAUAAAUUAGUGCGUGAAGAAGACCGCCUUAAACUCGACCACAUUCUUGGCGAAGUUUUCAAAGCUCAGUGGAGUUCGUCAAAUUUGAAAAACGUCCAGAAUUAUUUCUACGUCCCAUCUCCCCAAAAUUCUUCUACUGAAAAUUCCUACCUCCAGAAACUAAACCAAGAAGAGUGGAGUACAACCGUCAAAAAAGGCAUAAUCCAAUACGGUCGCGAAGGACAAGAUCUCGAUGUCUUGGUAAACAACGAAUUGCUUCAGCUGACUGCCAGUGUCUCGAAAAUUUUGAGUGCUCCGGAAGGACACACUGUUUUAGUGGGAAGAGCUGGAAUUGGGCGAAAAUCAGCCGUGAAAAUUGUUUCUUCUCUACAGUCAGCUCAUUUGAUAAUUCCGAUCAGUGGCACACAACCACAAUUUAAUAACGAUUUGAAAUUUGCAAUACAAACAGCUGGGUUUGAAGGGGAACAAGUUUAUUUGUUGCUUGAAGACCAUAUUUUUAACGAGAAACUCAUCCUGAGUUUGGUUAAUAUUUUAAUAUCGGCUGGGGAGGUGGCUAAUUUAUACAAUGCUGCUGAAAUUGAGUCGAUGAUUUCUGGGUUAAAAGACGAGGCAAGUCGGGAGAAUUUCGAGGGGAAUUUGAUGGAGUUUUUCACUGAACGUGUGAAAAAACGGCUACACGUGAUUGCGUGCAUAGACGUUGAUAAUGACAAUCUCUAUGAUAUUUUUGAGAACUGUCCUGCUUUUCUCCACAAGAGUAUGGUCAUUUGGAAAACGGAGUGGUGUAUCGAGACAAUUCGUUUAAUUCCAAACUUGUUGAUUAAUAAGGCUAAUGAGAGUGAUGCUAAAAAUGAGGUGCAACCUAGUCCCAACUUCCUUAAAAUCUUCGAAACGAUUAAGGAAAAAAUGGGGGCACCUGCCCGCUUCAUCGCAAUGAUCAAGCUCUACAUUGAGAUAUUUAUCGAUAAAAAAUCUGCCAUAAUCUCAAAACAAUCCAAAUUGCAAGCCGGUGUGGACAAAUUAAACGAAGCCGGGAAUUUGGUGGCCACACUUAAACAAAAAGCCGCCGAACAACAAAAUAAACUGGCCGAAAAGCAGGCCAAAGCCAACACGGCUCUCGACAUGAUCAGCAACACCAUGAAAAACGCCAACACUCACAAGGAAGAAAUGGAGGUCCUGAAGCACAAAACCGAAGAAGAAAACAAACAACUCAUGGUACGAAAAAAGGAGAUUGAGCUUGAGCUUGCAGAAGUCGAGCCUUUGAUACAAGAAGCCCGGUCAGCGGUUGGAAAUAUCAAGUCAGAAGCGUUAUCCGAGAUCCGCUCGUUGCGGGCGCCCCCUGACGUGAUCCGAGACAUUCUUGAGGGCGUUUUGCGACUGAUGGGGAUCCAAGACACGUCCUGGAACAGCAUGAAGACGUUCCUUGCGAAAAGAGGGGUGAAGGAAGAAAUAAGAUCGUUCGAUGCGACUAGGAUUACGCCGGAGAAUAGACAAGCCGUCGAGCGACUAAUGGCGAAUAAAAGCGAUUCGUUUGACCCCAAAUCGGCGAAAAGGGCGUCAGUCGCAGCGGCACCGCUCGCAGCUUGGGUCGGAGCGAACGUAAAGUACGCACAUGUGGUGGAGAAAAUCAAGCCUCUGGAGAGGGAACAAAAUAAAUUACAAGAAAAUCUGGCAAGUGCGGAGGCUCAACUGGGCGAAUUGAGCGCCGGACUGUCCGACGUUGACGCCACAGUUGCAAAACUAAAAGUCCAACUGUCUGCAUAUACAAAAGAAGCGGCAGAAAUCGAAAUUGAUUUAAACAAAGCUCGCGAGACGCUGAUGGUGGCCGAAGGCCUAGUUUUCAAACUGAACGACGAGUACGAAAGGUGGCAACAACAGCUGAAAGAUUUGUCACUGGAGAUUGAAAAACUGCCCGAAAAUUGCUCACUCGCCGCCGCUUUCAUCACGUAUUUAUCGGACGAGUCUGAGGAAGGACGGAGGAUUAUUCUCGAGCGUUGGGUUAAAGAACUGGCAGUUGAGUCGUUCAGUUUCGAGGAGUUUUUGUCAACGGAACGCGAACACUUGCAGUGGCAAAGCGAAGGGCUCGCCUACGACCAGUUGUCUUUACAAAACGCAAUCAUAAUUUUGAAAGCGAAAGUAACCCCACUGUUGAUUGACCCAACUUCGAACGCAAUCAACUGGUUUAAGAACCACCUCAAACACCGACAAAUCGAAACCGUGACGCAAAAUAAUCCCAAAUUUAAUAACAACUUGGAGCUAUCGGUCAGGUUUGGCAAAGUGUUAAUAAUCGAGGAGAUUGAAAAAGUCUCCUCGGUUUUAUUCCCGCUUCUGAGGAACGAAUUUGUCUAUCAAGGCGAAAGAAAAUUGAUUAAUCUGAACGGAAAAUUGAUUGAUUACCACAAUGAUUUUACCAUGAUUCUAAGUAGUCGAAAUGAACAAUUAAAAGUGGGUGCGGAUGUUAAUGCUAUUGUCUCGACCAUGAAUUUCACUGUAACUCACGCCGGUUUAACCGAACAGUUGCUCUCUUGCACAAUCAGGCAGGAGAAUCCGGAAAUGGAGAAUAAACGGAAACAACUGUUACGGCAACGAGAAGAAUUGCAAGAGAAACAAUAUCAGUUGCAGAACCAACUGCUUGAAGACCUUGCCAACUCUUCGGGAGAUAUUUUACAGAAUUCUAAUUUGUUAAGUUCCUUGAACGAAACUAAAGCAAGCUCCAGUGCAAUUUCCAGCGCUUUGGAAGAGUCGCUCCAAAUCCAGAAAAAACUCCAGACUGAGUACGAAAUUUACAAGGAAAUUUCACUGUUUGGGAGUUACUUGUACUUCGCCUGCAACGAAUUCUCCAAAUUUAAUAUUCUCUAUGCGCUAUCUGUGUCGGGUUUUAUUCGACUGUUCCUGACGUCACUUCAAACAUUUCAGGGAAUGGAAAGUACAACCGAGAGCCAAAAAAGACACCUCUUUUUCACCGUCUACACUUACGUAAGCCGGGGCGUUUUGAAAACAGAUCGACUCACUUUUGCUUUACAUUUAAUUCAAAAAUUGUAUUCGAUUCCUUCCGAUCAAUGGAGACACUUUUUGGGCAAUUCGGUCACCGGUAGGAACGAUCCUGAGGACGUUCCUGCCUGGCUUCCGAAACAAUGCGUCCAAAAUGUGCAAAAUCUCCAAGCUUCGUUACCCGAAUUAUACAAAAAACUUCAGUUAGAAGAGCCCAGUUUGUGGAAGAAAUUUAUGAUUUCCGACUCCUGUGAGAAGGAAUUGCCCCCUCAUUGCAAAAUCAGCGAAUUUGAAAAAGUACUACUUGUGCAAGCGCUACGUCCAGAUCGUGCUUAUUCUGCAAUGUCUCAGUGUGUUUUACACACAACUGGACUACGAAGUAUCGAUCCCCCGGUCUUUGAUUUAACCCAAAUUUACAAAGAAUCGACUUCAUUUGAACCCAUCCUAAUCCUGACAGUUUCCGGAACUGAUCCUUCGUCCGAAAUACGCGAUUUAGCCCCGAACGAGUUCGAAGAAGUCGCAAUGGGGGAGGGCCAAGAAACUAAAGCCCUCGCAUCUUUGGAAAAAACAGCACAGGCCGGUCAUUGGCUCAUUUUAAAAAAUCUACACUUGGUGACUAGUUGGUUAUCCAUCCUGAGCCAACAUUUACAAAAUUUGAAACCGCACGAAAAUUUCCGCUUGUGGCUAAUCACCGAGCCAAACCCCUCUUUUAAUUUCGUCUUGGCCCAAAGUAGCCUCAAAAUCGUCUAUGAGGCGCCCCAAGGCUUAAGAAACAAUCUCCUCCGAACAUUCAACUCCUGGGGGAGCCGCUACGUCGACAAACUGCAGCCAACCCCCGGCCGCAUUUUCUUCGUCCUGGCUUGCGUGCAUGCAAUCCUGCAGGAACGCAGGACUUACAUCCCGCAAGGGUGGUCCAGGUGGUACGAGUUCAGCGACACCGAUUUGGUCACUUGUGUGAAACUGGUCGAGGAUUUAUGGCAAAAUCAGUCGCCUCAAGUGCAGUGGAAAUUUAUCUAUGGCCUGUGUUGCGACGCUGUUUAUGGCGGGAGGAUCGAGAAUAUCGACGACUUGGGGAUUUUAAAAACCUACCUGAGGCAGUACCUCGUCGAUGAGGUCUUGAGUCAUCGCUGGAGUCCCCUCGGGACCAAAAUAACUCUCCCGAGUUCUUCCAAGUUUCAAGAGUAUGUUAACGCCCUCAAACAGCUGCCUGAGAGGGACUUGCCCGCGUUUUUCGGCCUUCCCGAAAACAUAGGCCGGGCUUGGGAGAAACAAACCUCGAAUGACGUGGUCGCGAAAUUGAAGACAAUUUUGUUGCGUAAGGAAGUGGCUUUGAAAUUCGAACGCGAGUUUUGGCACAAAAGUCUGGCCCCGUUUAUGCUUUUGUGGAAAAAACUGAAUCAGGGGUAUGACUUCGUCCGCAUGAAUUUGCCGAACGAAGAGGCCGGGAAAAGCCCGAUUGAGGCCUUCGUCAACGAGGAGUUUUACCACGCUAUUAACUUAGUUCAAAAAAUUCAUAAAAGUUUCACUGGUUUGAAUAGGAUUUGCAAAGGAAGCGCGGUCCCGGACGAUUGUGACUUGACUAUUGGAAAUUCCUUGAUUAAUUUUCAAGUGCCUAAAUGUUGGGAGUCGUUAUGGGAGGGCCCAAAAGACCCUAAUCGCUAUUUACGAAGCGUUAUCACAAAAACGGCAAACAUUACGAAACUUAGGGGCUUAAAAUCGGAACAAAUCUUGCAAAAUCCGCUCAAUUUGUCCCUCUAUUUGCACCCAAGCGCCUUCUUGGCGUCAUACAAACAAGAAUAUUCGAGGUUGAGCAAAAUACCAAUGGAUCAGCUCGACUUGGAGUCAAGCUGGAAGGCACCAACUCAUAAAAAUCACAUCAUUUUAAGCGAACUGCUCGUUGAGGGCGGCUUGUUUGAAGGCAGUGUCUUAAAGCCGUGUUUACCUCACUCUGAGAGCAUUAAUUCUGCCCCCAAUUGUUACAUAAGUUGGAAAGCAAAGAAAAACGUAAUGGAUGAUGAUAAAUACGUGAACGUUGCGUUAUAUUACACAUCGAGGAGAGAAAAACAACUAACUACGUUGCAAGUUCUCUGCGAUAGUCGAGAUAAGGAUAAAUGGAUUCAGGCGGGUCUUGCGUUUUACUUAGAGUAUUAAUUUUUCCACAUUUAUUUAGAAAAAUAAAUAGCUUGCUUACCUCGUUAUAACAAGUAAUCAACAGUA